AAACACACACCAAUGUCCACAACCUGCAUGAGAAGAUUAUAUCAAAGCUUCCUGCUGCUUCUCACUGAGAACACGAGUAUGUCCGGGAACUGCAGCGUCCCCUCUCUACGUCACUGCAGCGAACUGUACGAGCUGUAGCUUAGGGGCUAGCACUGAAGCUAGCAGCAUAUUGUCAGUGGGUUAAUGGCGAUAACAGCUGAUUUCUUCCACCUGGUGUGAUAUCUACUGGAGUCUUGUGUGAAACCUACAUCAGAAAACUGGAUCUAACUUCCACAGCAGAUGGAGGACUCCCCUCACUCGUACUGUUUUACUGGAAACAGUGCAGAUAUAGGGGAGGUGGAUAUUAAUCAAGUUGAAACUAACAUGGAACCAGACGUGAUCAAGUCUCUACACCCAGAUAUUCCCAAACAUCCCCAUCAGGAUACUGAGAAAGUUUUGGAGGCUUUUCCCUGUCAGCACUGUGAGAGACAUUUUAACAGCAAACCAGGCUUGGAGGGACACAUGCACGUCCAUGCUUUGGCAAACAGCGAGGAACAUGUGCAUAUAAGCAAUAACGGCAGCAUGUCUUCAGGUACAACUCAAGGGGAGUUGCAGCCUGAGAUAAUGAAGCCUUUGGAUUCUGUCAUGCAACAUUAUACUUCAUCCCCUGCAGGCUCUUAUACUUCCUUGUUGACAGCCGGAGACUACAUCGCUCAGCCAGACGAACAUGGGGCACACCAGCAUCUUGCUGGUGAAGAAAACCCCCAGCUGCUUGUGGAGGAAAAUCUUGAGAGGAUUUUCAGUGAAGCAGCUGAACAGAUAACACAACUUGGGGAAAAUAUAACAUCUGCAACCAUUCUGAAGAAUGCAGGGCAACAAGCACAAUACAUGCUAGAUGUCUCUAGCAACAUUUCAGAGAAUCUCAGCUUCUACAUUGAUGGAAAGAUUGUGUCAACAAGUACAUUAAGUAGCUGUGAAGCAGCUGAGGCUCAUUCAGGUUCCUCUGCUUUAGUUGGACUGGAUGCCCUGAUUCUGGACCCUGCCCAUAUCAGCCAGGUUCUGAAUACAGAUUCAGUCUCAGAGAUACCUGGUCAACCACUGGCCAAGAGAAGAACUGCAACACCACCUCUUUUACCACAAAUUAAAACUGAGCUGGAGUCUGAGGUGGUGGUGUCCACUUCCUCCUCAUCGCUUGUGUCAUCUUUGAUUGAGACUCUGCUUCCCCUGAAUACAGAGUCCACAGUUUUGCAGAAAGAAAGAACAGUGUUUCUGUCCCCAAAGCUGAAGCAGCUUCUGGAGAAGCAGGAGGGCCUUCAUCCGACACUCGCCCUGAUCACAGAGGGUCAGAAGUCUUGUUCGCCCGUCUCUCUCUCCGUCCUUCCCAUUGGAACUGGAAGGUUUAAAAGACGGACCGGAUCUCCAACAAACUCAACGUCCAUCGAGGAAACGCCAGUGUCAGACACUGGAAAUAUUGUUGCUGAAGGAACAGGACAGAUGGAGACCCAGCAGAUCUCCGCUGUGCCUCUAACAGCCAGUGAGAAAGAUGAUGCUUCACCACCUGUGGAGGAGCCAGCAGUGAAACCCGUCUCAACGGAGAGCUGGCUCCCCAUGACUGGUGGCAAUUCCUGUAACCAGCAACCACUGGAUCUCUCUAAUACAGUCAAAAGAAAUGAAGAUUUAGCGUUGUCUGAUGCUGUGCUGGAUUUAAGUUUGCAGAGAAGGCUAGGCGAAUGUGGACUGACAAUAAAUUUAGUCUCACAGGCAGUUUUGACAGAAGAAACAUUAAAUUCGUGCAUGAUGGCGAAAACCUUCAUGAAUAUCGGAGAGCAAAAUGUAAGCCUGGGGAGUCUAGAUAAUUCUUUACUUACCGACUUUGCCAUAGUCACAGGGUCAGAUAUAAUGACCUCGGUUGACCCGAUGGCAGAAAGUCUUGUUUAUAGACUUGCCCUAUCCCCCGGUUCUCUAACCCCAUCACCCGCCUUGCAGCCAGCCUCACCGUGCACUAUUGCAUUUGCCUCCCCAUCCUCACACAGCAUGCUCACUUCUACUCCUUCAUUAAUCACAGUUUUGGCUUCAUCACCACAUAUUACAAACCCCUCAAACCAACAAAUCCAGAUGUUAGCUCCAAACAUAUCUCCUGACCCUUUGGUAAUCUGCACAGAAAAUGCCCUGAAUCCUUCAGAGUGCGGUUUAACCGCUGCAUUUGCCGGAACAAAUCCUGCAAACCUUGUCACACUCUCCCAACCCCUGGACCCCACUUUAAACCUACAGGGCCACGUGUUUCUCACUGAUCAGAUUGCUCUCAAUCCAUCUCUGGUUGGAUCCACUGCUGUGUCGGAGGUCCCAUUCACACCUACUGUAACUUUAAGUGACUCCUUCCUCAACUCUUAUAACAUAAGCAGUAACACAGUGUUGAUAGAGUGCACAAUUUCCCUUGAAACCCCAGGCAGUGUGGUCCCUGCUGCAAUUGCCUUACAAGAAAGCCCUUCUGAGGCUCCAGUACCUACACAGAUGGUCGUUGAUCACAUCGAACAGCAACAGAUUGUAUCAGUGCCCGACCCUCCAACUGUGGACCCCACUAUGCUUGUGUCCUCCAUCGCAGAAUCAGUAACUCUGGCCAACACCACCUCAGCUGUAUCUGUUUGUCCUCCUGUGGCUGAGUCGAGUCCCAACCCGGAACCGGUUGUUAAUGCAGAGCCGCCCACCACAAAAGAAGAGGAAGCUGCUGACGAUACUCUUUCCGCACCUGACACACCAUCACAAACUUCACCUUUAACUGAGAAAGCGGAAGAGGACAAAUCCUCAUUUGACGUACCAGGUGACGCACAGCAGCAGACUUUCACCAAGAAUUUCAUCUGCAAUGUGUGUGAUAAGCUUUUCCAUUCAAUGAAAGAACUAGGCCAACAUGUCGGUGACCAUGCUGAUGAAUGGCCCUACAAAUGUGAAUUCUGCGUGCUGCUCUUUGGAAAGCCCUCCGCCUUGCUCGACCAUCGAUCAAGCCUCCACGGUGUUGGCCAGACUUACGUCUGCAGCGCGUGUACAAAAGAAUUUGUCUACCUCUGCAAUCUGAAACAGCAUCAGGAGGAAUUGCAUCCUGGGCAGCAGUGCACAUUCACAGAAGAGGAAAAGGGAAAACUAAGACCUCAGAACUGCAACAACUCGACAAAGGUCAGUGUGGAGCCUUCAGUGCCCCCCCUCUCAGAGGAAGCCAAGACACAGGUGAAAAAGGAGGAAAGUGAAGUAGAUGUGGCUGCUGAGGAGUUGUUAACAACCAUAAAAAUAAUGGCCUCAGAUGGAGGGAAAAUCAAAGGGCCUGAUGUCCGGUUAGGCAUUAACCAACACUAUCCCAGCUUUAAGCCGCCUCCAUUUCCUUACCACAAUAGGUCGCCUGCCGGCUUGGUUGCUUCCGCCACAAACUUCACCACCCACAACAUCCCACAGACCUUUACUACAGCUAUUCGCUGUACCAAGUGCGGAAAAAGUUUCGAUAACAUGCCAGAGCUACACAAGCAUAUUCUCGCGUGUGCAAAUGCCAGUGAUAAAAGGCGAUACACGCCCAAAAAGAAUCCCAUCCCUCUAAGACACUUUGCAAAAACUCAGAAUGGAGUACUGUCGACUACAAAUUCUACUAACGGGCUUAAUGCUUCGAACAGGGCCAGCCAGUCAAACCGGUCCAAAUCUCACCAAGAGUCGCCAAUUAAGAUGAAAUUCAAAUUAAUGAACAAAAGGAAGAAAAAGUUUGUGCAAAGGGUAAUGCCACAGAGGAACAAGUCGGUUUCUUCUUCAAAUAAAGCAACGUCUGCACAGGUGGACGUGCAGGUAUUUGUCUGCCCACACUGUAACCGGGAGUUCACGAUGCGUCGCAGCAGAACCAAACACAUGGCCGUGUGCCCCAAGAAACCUAAAGAGGUGAAGAAAAGAAAAGAAGGCGGAAUCUCUUUGACAAAGGAGAACAACGACCGCCUGCACCGAGGGAUUUCUCGUGGCGAACAGAAACAACAGGCGUCCCCUCAGCAUAAAACUAGAUUCCAGACUUCCAGCCUCGCCAAGAGGCCGGCCAUACUUCCAGUGCAGACAGUCUUUUCAAACAAAAGAAGUAAAAUAAUCAUAAAGGAGAGCAUGCAGCCCAAACAAGAGAGCCCAACUCUCAAUGAACUUCCUAUUGUUCGCACUUUCAAUCCCUCGAUGCGCCAGUACAGCCGAGUGCAGCAUGGCGUCAAAGGAAUCCCUAUUAAAAUCACCAUAGUGAAACCGCAGCAGCCUGCACCACAGAAGGAUGAGCUGCUUCCCGCCCAGAGCCGAGAGGAAGGAACUGGAGGAGUCACCAGCAGCUCUGAGCAGAGCGUGAAGACUUGAAGACUGCCCCGUGCUCACCAGGGGAUCAGAAGGACCCUGCUGUCUGCAACUCCUCACUAUUCUUCAGUCAUCCUCAAGGGAGACAACUGCUUAUCACAGAGUAAACCUGAUAGAUGUCAUUAUACUGUACAAUAACAAGGACUGAAUUCAGAACGGAAGAAACCUAUGACUUGGGACACUGCAGUGAGUGAAUGUGUUUUUAAUUUGAGUAUUUAAAUGCUUUUGUAGUAACUUGAAGCUUUGUAGGUUUAUCCUUCGUCCUGUGAACUUAAUGUCGACAGCUUGGAUUUGCACUUUGAAGUUAAUCUGCCUGCGACAUGUCACAAAUGGGUUUUAUUUAGAGAGGGUGGUAAGUGGCAAUCAUUUUCAGCAUGCAUUUGCACUUUUCCUUGUCUGUUGUCUGUGGCCUUUUGGUUGAAACUCCUACUGCAUGCUCUGAGCUUGUACUUCAGCUUCAUUUAUUUGAUUUAAAAUUAUUAUGUUGAUGUGAUUUGGCCUUAAACGAUGAAUCUAGUGUUGCUCCGUUGAUGUCAUUGACAAUAACCAGUGUAAGUACAGGACAGAAUCAUGAAAUCAAGUAAUAUGUUCGAUAUAACAUUGGCCACAAGCUACCUGUUGAAAUCCAUGUAGGGUAUCAGCACCGUUGCUUAUUAUAAGGGAUGUCAGUGUUUUCAUAACUGGUGUGAAUGUAACAUUUAGUAGAUUGAACCCUGUAGACCUUUUAAAAUUAUGUAUUAUCCGGUCAGCCCAGUUGCCCUGUAUUUAUAUGACGGAUUUGACAUUAAUGCUGUUUAUGUGCCAUCAAAUGUAAAUGAUGGGACUAAAUGUGGCAUAAAAGCGAUGAAGAGUAAACAGAUCAGUGAAGUUAAGUGUUUCCCACAUGCAGGAAGUUACUUUGGUGAUCUAGCCAAAAAGAUCCCCCCCCCCACUUUAACAGAUUUAUUUGUGGAUUUGUCCCUCUGAUUGCAGCUGAAAAUGCAGAUUACUUACUUGAAGAAUGCCUUGAUGUGCAGAUACAUAUAAUAUAGCACUUCCCUUUAAAGAAUGGAAGUUUGAAUACAGUGCAUCGCUCCAUUUACAUACUGGUCUCAUAUUAGAUUUUCAAGCUCAUAGACUUUUGAGAAAAAAAACAGGUUUAGAUGUAUUGACAUUGCAAUCCCAAACAGA